AAAAGAAAAAAAAAAAAAAAGAGUGUUAGAUAAUCAAAUGUGAUGGGAAGUGGAUUCUCCUCCGUCUUACCUUGCUUCAAUCAAGGUCACCGUAACCGCCGUCGUCACUCAUCGACGGCGAAUCCCACUCAUUCCAAUCCGAUUGAGUCUCUCUGUGAGCCGUUGGAUGAGACUUUAGGCCAUUCUUACUGUUACGUUCCUUCUUCUAAUCGCUUCAUUUCUCCGUUUCCUUCCGAUCGAUUCGUUUCUCCUUCUGGUUCUUUCCGGUUAUCUCCUCCGCAUGAACCGGGUCGGAUCCGAGGUUCCGGAUCAUCCGAGCAGCUUCACACCGGGUUUAGAGCGAUUUCUGGUGCUUCUGUUAGCGCCAACACUUCGAAUUCCAAAACUGUCCUUCAGCUUGAAGAUAUUUACGACGAUGCCACUGAGAGCAGCUUCGGCGGCGGCGUUCGGAGCAGUGUUGUCAAUGCCAAUGGCUUUGAGGGAACGUCGUCGUUUAGUGCUCUUCCGCUUCAGCCUGGUCCGGAUCGGUCGGGUCUCUUCAUGUCGGGUCCCAUCGAAAGAGGAGCCACUUCAGGUCCCUUAGACCCGUCGGCCGGAGCGAUUUCGAGAUCUAAUUCCGCCGGCGUGCAUUUCUCGGCGCCGCUCGGUGGUGUAUACUCGAAGAAGAGACGGAAGAAGAAGAAGAAGAGCCUUUCCUGGCAUCCGAUUUUCGGUGGGGAAAAGAAGCAACGGCCAUGGGUUCUUCCGGUGUCGAAUUUCGUCGUCGGUGCUAAGAAAGAGAACAUUGUGAGACCCGACGUCGAAGCCAUGGCAGCAUCUUCCGGAGAGAACGAUUUGCAGUGGGCAUUGGGGAAGGCAGGAGAGGACAGAGUGCAAUUAGCUGUUUUUGAGAAGCAAGGAUGGCUUUUCGCUGGAAUCUACGACGGUUUCAACGGACCCGACGCGCCGGAGUUUUUGAUGGCUAAUCUCUACCGUGCUGUUCACAGUGAGUUACAAGGUUUGUUCUGGGAAUUGGAUGAAGAAGAUGAUAAUCCAACGGUUCCUAAUGAGUUAGGGCAACGAGGUAAAGUUGAGGCUCAAGUCGACGAAAUGGCAAGUUCGAGCUGUCCAGCAACAGAGAAGGAAGAAGACGAGAUGGGAAAGAGAUUGACCUCUUCUUCAUUAGAGGUGGUGGAAGUCAAGGAGAGGAAACGAUUAUGGGAGCUUCUUGCAGAGGCUCAAGCAGAGGAUGCUUUAGAUCUAUCAGGUUCUGAUAGGUUUGCAUUCUCAGUGGAUGAUGCUAUCAGUGCAGGCAAUGCCGCGUCUGUGGGGAGUAAAAGAUGGUUGCUGUUGUCAAAAUUGAAGCAGGGUUUAUCGAAACAAGGAAUUUCUGGGAGGAAGUUGUUCCCAUGGAAGUCUGGUGUGGAGGAGAAUGAAAAUGAGGAGGUAGAUAAUGUUGGAGUAGAAGAACGGGUUGAUAAGAGGAGGAAGAGACGAAAGGCGGGUGCGGUUGAUCAUGAGUUGGUUCUAAAGGCAAUGUCAAAUGGUCUUGAAGCCACAGAGCAAGCAUUCCUAGAAAUGACUGAUAAAGUUCUUGACACCAAUCCCGAGCUUGCAUUGAUGGGUUCGUGCUUACUGGUUGCACUGAUGAGAGAUGAUGAUGUGUAUAUAAUGAACAUAGGGGAUAGUAGGGCUCUUGUUGCACAAUAUCAGGUUGAAGAAACGGGUGCGAAUGUGGAGACAUCAGAAAGAGUAGAAGAAAGACGCAAUGAUGUAGACAGAGACGUUGAAAACAAAGAGCCUUUGGUUGUGGAUAGUAGCGAUAGUACAGUGAACAACGAAGCUCCUCUGCCGCAAACGAAACUGGUUGCUCUGCAGCUAACAACAGAUCACAGCACGAGCAUCGAGGAUGAAGUAACAAGAAUAAAAAACGAGCACCCGGAUGACAACCAUUGCAUAGUGAAUGACAGGGUGAAAGGACGGCUUAAGGUGACCAGAGCGUUUGGAGCGGGAUUCUUAAAGCAGCCAAAAUUGAACGAUGCUUUGCUGGAAAUGUUUCGAAACGAAUACAUUGGUACGGAUCCAUACAUAUCAUGCACACCUUCCCUUCGUCACUACCGGCUAACAGAGAAUGAUCAGUUUAUGGUUCUCUCAUCUGAUGGAUUGUACCAAUACUUGAGCAAUAGGGAAGUUGUUUCUCUUGCCAUGGAGAAGUUUCCAGAUGGAGAUCCUGCUCAACAUGUUAUACAGGAACUUUUAGUCCGUGCAGCCAAGAAAGCUGGAAUGGAUUUUCAUGAACUUCUCGAUAUCCCGCAAGGAGAUAGAAGAAAGUAUCACGACGAUUGCACUGUAUUAGUGAUAGCACUUGGAGGAAGUAGGAUCUGGAAGUCAUCAGGAAAAUACGGAUUUGAACAAAGUCUACAGGAUCAAGACGACAAUGAAGAAACAGUGCUGCGGAAAGAAGUUGUGAGAUUACGAUCCCUGAUCAGGAGGAUGACUGGUAGAGACGACGAUGCGAGCUUCACUGAGCUGCAAGCACUUACAAGUCAUCUCGAGAAUGUCAAGCGCAUUGUGGAGGACCAAAUGGAUAAGAUAAUGCCACCAGACCAAGUUGAAAGCAAACAGAAGAAGAAUAAAGCUGAGGGUGUUGCUACGAGUAUUCCGGUUCCCUCUACUAGCAGCUCUGAACAAAGAGAGGAUAAAGAACUGCUGAAAAUGGAGAGGGAAUUCGAGAGACGAAAAUCUGAAUCCUUGCAGAGCGAGUUCGAGAGAUUAAGGAUUUACAACGAGAGAAUGAACGGUAGAGGUAUCGAGAGUAUGAGCUGCUACCAUGACGUGGUCCAGCUUGAUUCUCAGAUAACUUACGCUUUGAUGAGUUUAUCGGAGCAAAUGACAAGACCACUAGAGGAACAACUUUGCAAGGCAGAGCAGGGCAAGAAUGUAGUGAAGAUUUAUGGUAAGCCUAUUACUGAUGAGAACAAGGAACUGAGGAGAUCUGUUCGUUUGGCCAAGAAGGAGAAAGUCUCUCACUAAGUGGCUGGCAGCUUCUAUCUUGA